CGUCCAAUCAGAAGCAGCGCUGGGGCCAUGUGUGUAUUGUUUAAACUGCUCAAAUCAGCCAGAGUUUUCAGACCGAAAAAACUUCCAGCACCGAGUCAUGGCGGCCGCAGUGUCAGUUAAUACAGCUGCCAAAGAUGAAAACACAGACUCGGGAAACAGUUUGGCUUCUCGUCCGCUUAAUGAAAAAUACGACCCCGCCGUGGACCAAGAAAACUGGAUUCCCGGGGAUCGCCGGUACCCCGAACUCGUGCCGAACGAAGAGGACGCGACGCCCGGACGCGAGUGUCAGCGAAAGGUCGACGAGGACUUGACAUCACUGAGCCCUGAAGAGAUCGAGAGCCGCCUGGAAAGAACUCGACGGGAGUUUUACAACAGGAGGAAAAUUAUUAUAAAAAACUUGCCCUCUGACGUUAGCAAUCAGGAGGUCCAUGAGCUCUUGGGCAGCUAUGAUCUGAAGUACUGCUUUGUUGACAAGUACAAAGGCACAGCAUUUGUGACCCUACUUAAUGGUGAACAAGCGCAAAGUGCCAUCAAAGAGUUCCACCAGCAUGUGCUACGGGACCGGGAGAUCUCUGUGCAGCUGCAGCCGACAGAUGCUCUGCUGUGCAUCGCCAACCUGCCCCGCGCGUUCACGCAGCAGCAGUUUGAGGAACUGGUGCGCCCCUUCGGCAACCUGGAGCGUUGCUUCCUGGUGUACAGUGCCACCUCGGGGCAUUCCAAGGGCUACGGUUUUGUGGAGUACAUGAAGAAGGACUCGGCGGCCAGGGCCAAGUCGGAGCUCCUGGGGAAGCAGCUGGGCUCACGUAUGCUUUAUGUCCACUGGACUGAGGUGGGCUCUCUCACAUACCCACUGCUGCACUCCAAAUGCCUGUGCGUGGACCGCCUGCCUCAGAGCCUGCUGACAGCCCAAGACCUCCGCAGUGCCCUGGCUGACACCCACAUGCCAGUUUUCUGCCAGUUGGCUCAGGGACAAGAUGGAAGUUUCCGGCGUUUUGCAGUGCUGGAGUUUGCCACUGCAGAGAUGGCCGAGGAAGCACAGCGACUCACAGAUGGCAGACUGCUGGGUGGGACGCAUAUCAGGGUGUCCUUCUGUGCCCCGGGUCCUCCUGGAAGAAGCAUGUUGGCUGCUCUGAUUGCUGCACAAACCAUGGCUAUAAACAGGGGUAAAGGACUCCUCCCCGAUCCGACAGCCAUGCAGAUACUCACAGGCCUCAGCAACCCCGCUGCCCUCAAGAUGCUGCUCAACCCUCUGACACAGGGACAUAAACAAGGCCUCCUCGGUGCGGCCCCCACCAUACCGCCACUGCUUGCCAACCCUGCUCUCACGGCCGCCCUGCUCCAGCUGCUCCUUCAGAACCAGGCCAAGGCUCAGCAGCAGCCGGGACUUAUUGGGGAGAAUCCUCUGGCCUCUCUGCCUGUCCAGCAGGGACUCCAUCUGCUCGGAGACCUGCCCCAAGGUGGUAUUGUCCCUGGACUGGCUCUUCAGACAGAUCCUCUACCCCCCUUGAAGCCAGUGCCACGUGGCAGAACUCUUUCAAGGGAUCAGGAGUCCCCCACGUCGGCUUGUCCCUUCCCCCAGACCUCCUCUCCGACCCUGCCGGGGAUCUCGAUGCCCCUGCUGGGUGGCAUGAUCGGGGCAGAUGGCCUCACAGCACAAGGGGUUUCCAUACUAGGAGAUCCUGCAAAAGAUGCAAACCUUCCCCAGAGUCCCUUCCUCAAUGCCAGCAACGCGUUUUCCUCAGGAGGAAGCUGCAGACCUCACCCUUACAGAAAGCGGCCUACACUGAGUAACGUGUCCAACCAGAGCAUGCAACCGAAUUACAACCUGCGUUACCAGGAUUCCUACAGCCCUGAAUACCCCCCACUCCAUCGGGAUCCCCUUGCCCACUUGUAUGAACAGCAGGAGAAUCUUGAUGCCGGGGCCUUGGCAGGAUUCGGUCAGCAGUCCUCUCAUUGCGCUGAAUACAGUGAGCGGUUCCCCCCCUACAGUUACCCUCCAAGCCCACCUCUGUCCUCAUAUUUCAGCUCAGGGUCUGAGAGCUCCUGUAAUGGGAGCCUUCCCACCCCCCAGCUCAACAGGGCUGUGGGAAUGCCUCCUGUGAGCCACACCACCAACUACCCUGCAGGUGUGGAGAAAGUUACGAAGACUCCCAUCGGUAGCCAAAAGCGCACGUUCUCCCGGCUGAUCCCGUCUCCCGAGCCGAGCCCUGAAGGCGGUUACGUGGGCCAGCACUCCCAAGGCCUCGGCGGUCACUACGCAGACUCCUAUCUUAAGCGUAAGCGUAUAUUCUGAGUACAGCUGUAACGAGUAGCCAUUCAGCAGCCAGGAUGGAGUAGCAUCUCCUCUCCCAUAUUCUCCAAUGGACUCAGUAACUUGGUGGUCCUCGGAUUUAUUGUCCCAUAUGCUCCUGUGAGUGACCUCUAGAGGCUGCAGAGUAGUGCAGUCUGUUUGUCACUCUGUGGAAAAACCUACAUGUUCAAUUUUUUUUUCUUUUUUUGUAUAUAUGAUUUUACUGUUUUGUACAUUUAAGUUUUAAAUUUUUAUUUCCCUAAACUUCCUGUUGAAAAUCUUGUAAAUUAAGGAGAAAAAAUGGUUCAUUAGUAAAUGCAAUCUUUUUUUUUUUUCUUAAGCUUUUUUUUUUUUUUCGAAUUCCUGUGAGUGUGGUAUAUCAGCAGAUCUGCAGUUUGGCCAGUUUCAAUGGCAACUAUCGGCUGCUUUUUAAAAAAAAAAUGUGAUUUAACAUCUCACCAAAGUGACGCUGUCCACAGUUUCAGGCAAAGGGACUUGCAUAGUGUAAGAACAAGCUUUAAAGGCACUUACUUUUUGGGAGAACAGGGGAGGAAAAAAAAAAAAAAGCCUACCGUAUUCCAUGUAAAAAGUUCAUGAGUUUGUAUAAUGAGAUGGUGUUAUGGUGUCAUGUUUUCCCCCUUCCUACCACAGGGUUGUAAAUUUUGCUUUAUAACAUUUCUGGUUUCAAACACUUCCUAAUUGGUUAACCUGCAGCUUUCCAUCCACCAGUGAUAGUUGUGGUGCUAUGAGGCGAAGCUUUUUACCAAUCUGGGAUGUUUCCUGAGCCUGAACUUUCCACGUUGUUUUGUCUUUCUAACCACACCCUCCAGCCUGUUUAUGGAGUCUGUUCUCUACACUGGUUGUUGAGUGAUGCACUUGGAGGGCACAGGUCAUGAUGUGUUCUCACCUGUAUAAAAAUGCCAUCUCAAGUCCCCUCUCACUCAUGUAUGUCCAGGAGUUGACGUAUUUUCUGUUUAUGUGAGUUCUGUGUUGCCAUGUUUACAUUUUUGAAUGUUUUAUAAAACCGUGAACGCUGCCCCACCCCUCGAAGGUGGGGCAGGUGGGCACGGUGCUGCGUGCCAUCUCUCCAGCUGCCAGUAGAUCGUGCAUGAAUACAGGAGCGGUUGCGGUGCCCUCAGUGAGGGGCUCAACUCUGAGUUGAACUGGCUUCUACCGACGAGCACACGGCAGCUGGAACGAUGGACGGAGCCUCUGUUUAGUUUUCAGAUGAUAGUGGGGGUUCAGUAUGUCUUUGGAGAUACUGCUGGAAGCUUGUGGCAGGUGAUUGGUCAGUGACAUGAUUGUUCUUGUAUUAAUAUUUUUAUUUAAAUUUUUUAAAGAAUAAUUAUCUGGUUGACGGUUUGAUUGUGAAAACCCAUUACCUCUGACUUCUGCUAGGAAAUGCAGCUACACUUGAGCCUUAACUGUGUUUUCUGUGAUCUCAUCCUGCCCUGUGUUGGCUUCCAUCUACAUUUACAAUUUCUGUGUUUAUUUGCUGUGUAAAUAGUUAAAGAUUCCCCUCCUCCCUUGAGUCCAAAACACUUGUUUUCCUUAAUGACACCUGCCUCUGGUUCUGGUGUUUUUUGAAUAUUUGCUGCUCAGUGUUUUUGUUUUUGUUUUUUUUUUCCCCCCCCUUUAUUUUUGGAAGUGAACAGGGUGGCAACACAGCAGACCGCUCAUGUUGUGUAUGGACCAAGAGAUGCAGCUGUACUGUAUGAUCAUCACUCAUUUUGAUUGGAUUUUUUUUUUUUUUUUUUUUUUUUUUUAACUGCUGUCCUCUCAUCUGUACCACCAUGAUUGUCUCUGUAUGCGUGUGUGAUGUGCGCAAGUAAAUGUUAUUUAAACCCA